AAGGGUGUCCGGAAUGCAUCAGACGCAUAUACCCCGAUCUAUUUCCGGGCGCGUUUGUCGGCCGUGUUCGUGUAGGCGCCGUUCAUUUUAAACCAAAACAUGCGCGAGCUCGGCCGUGGGGGCUCAUUCGUAGCAGCCACCAUAGCGGCGUUGCACAACCGCGCCACGGACUCGAAGCCUCGGUCGAUUAAAUCGAGAUCGAACUCCGCCGAGAUCACAAACACGCUCCGCACCGGGACGCAAGAUCACUUCGGAGAGGAUAUCUCUCGGCGGGCGUCGGACUGCAGCGAGCGACCUCUGUCCACGGCGUCUGAGGCCUCCUCGCGUGACUCCGCUUCCGUGCAGUCGAGUGAGGAACCGCCCCCACAGGAGAGCGGUGACUCGGAUAGCCCUGACGAAGCGACCGUGAAAUGCACGGCUUGGAAAGACGGCGCGGUACCGGCGCGAGCUGAGUCUUCAUCAGACAGCGAGUCCAGUUCUACCAGCGAGGAUGAUUCUGAAGAGAGAGAAUAUGAAACUCAAGGGAACGAUGCAGAUUAUCGCACGUUGACACCCAGCAGACGUUUGGACAACUCGACGCGGCGUGACGAUGAUUUCAAAUGGAUGCCAUCUGGUGAAGUGACGGAUGACCGAGAUCCGAUGGAAAGUAAAGGGGAUGAUUACUCCGCUGCGAGUUUGGAUAGGCGUCGGCGAUUGCCGUCAGAUCGCAGUGACCGUGACCGAAAAAGUAGGUCGUCGGUGUCAUCGAAGCCACCUCAGCACCCGUCGAGCGUGCGGGCGUCGCCGAAGCCUCGUAAGCAUCGCGCGGAGGAGACGCCUCCUGACUUGCACCGGCGAUGGAACUCGUACGAGCACUUUCGCUGGCCGCCGGAGGGCGGGUGGUGGCCGCCGAUGUGCUGGUGCCACGGGCCGCCGGCGCCGCCGCCGUGCUGCAUGCAUGACCGCGCCUGGCCCUCGCACCCUUCACUUCCACCGGUGCCGGCGCGAACUUACAAGAACGAUGCAGAAGACCGAGUCAGAAGGCUGGAGGCGGACAAGGAGAGUCUACACCUGCAAGUGCAGGUGCUGUCAGAACAGAUCGCGGCCCAGAACGAGAAGAUGAGUGACCUGGAGCGCUCGCUCCACGACGCGCGGCAGAGGCUAGACGAUGCGGAGCAAAGACUGCAGAAGGAAAUGCUACAAAGGUCUUCCCUGGAGACGCAAAAACUGGAGCUGUUAUCGAAACUGAGCGAAGUGCGGCUACGAGUGGCCGAGCGUGGCUUGCUAGAGCGCUCGCCGCCGCCCGACGCCGGCGGACCGCUCGUCAGGCCCGCGCCUCCUAGGACGCCGCCAGCGAACUACGGGCGCUCCAUCGAGCGGAAUACCCACAUGUAUUCGUCGCUACCUCGCUCGUCCGUGGUGGCGUCGGACGCGCGCGUGGCGUUCGCGGAGAAAGAGGAAGCAAUACCGCGUGGCAGUCCGUCCCCCUCGCUCAGAGAAGUGCGAUCGCGACUCGGCAGCGGCGGCGGCGGGAUUCGGUUGGAAGGAGACGACAUUGCGCGCGCGUCGAUACGAUCCACGGGACCGCGGCCGAGGAUGACUCCUAUGCCUUGGCAAACAACAGACCUACGACAAUGGGACUGCGAAACCACCUGCGGCUGGCUGGAGAGCCUCGGGCUGGAGGUGUACGCGGCCGCCGCCAGGAGCUGGCUGGGCGGGGCGCCGGACGCGCGCGGCGUCAUCGCGGCCGCCUCGCCGCAGACCAUAGACAAGGAGCUCGCCGUCAAGCACCCGAUGCAUAAGAAGAAGAUUGUUCUGGCGCUUACGGAUCUGUUGGGUGGUCACGGCGACCCAAUGCUGACGGCAUCAGGUCAACUGGACACGGCGUGGGCGCUGCGCUGGUUAGAAGACAUCGGCGUGUGCGGAGCCCGCGGGGCCGCCAGCGAGGCCGCGUUAGACGGCCGCCUGCUGCACCGCUUGUCACACAGCGAGCUACACGCGCACCUGCGCGUCACCCACGCCUUGCACGCGCUGUCCAUACGCCGCGGCAUCCAAGUCCUCCGCGAGAACAAAUUCAACCCGGAGACGAUGAUCCGGCGAGCCGUGGAGGGCGAAGCGACAGGCGGCGAGGACGGCGAGCCGGCGACUGGGCUGGCGCGCUGGUCCUCGCACCGCGUCAUGCAGUGGCUCAAGGAAAUUGACCUGGCGGAAUACGCGCCGAACCUCCGUGGAGCAGGAGUCCAUGGAGGCCUUAUGUUAUUAGAACCACGCUUCACAGCAGAGCUUCUAGCGGCGUUACUAAACAUCCCCGCCAACAAAACCUUAUUACGGCGGCAUCUAACGCAGAGAUUUAACGACUUAUUAGGCAGGGAUGUGAUACAGCAGAAGAGAAAUGCGGAACAAACCCUAGGCUACCAGCCUUUGACCGCGACAACCAAAUACAAGGUACCAAAGAAGAGCCAGUUCUCUCUAAAGCGCAAGAAGAGCAAAGACGAGCUUGACCUGGUGGACCUGGUGUGUCCGCUGCACGACGACUGCUCAGGUGACGCUCCCACCUCGCCAACGAUGAAAGUAAAAUCAGCAACAGCGGGCGUCGCGUCGGCUGUCUCUCCCCCGCGUGACGACGCGCGCGCACAAUAGCGCCGCCUACCGCCCCCUUACCGGUUUCAUUAUGCCACGGAAUGGCCACUACACGUUGCAUCUGACACGCAAGCCUUAUAAAGGACCAAUAACAAUCGUUCCAGUGAUAUUCACCAGUACGAAUAAGUAAAAGUGACAUUAAUUUAUAUAAAUUGCAAAUAACCAUCGACAAAGUAACCUUGUCGCGUUGUAUCAAUCGGUGUAAGUGAAUUUGGAUAAAAACGGUGCUAAAUUUCCAACAAUUUUCAAGUCAGUGCACGACCAAGUGAAGCCGGUAGCGCGGGGACUGUGUGUAUCAUUGAAUCGUGUUUAUAACGAGUAAUAUGACUAACUAAUAAAUUCGAGUCUUACUGCCAAAAAUCAAAUUACGGUUUGUUAGUUGAUGUUAAGAACCUCUUAAAUAUUUAUUUUAAAGAUAUUUAAAUUAACCUUUAAUUUUGUAGCGAUUUUUAAGUCGAUGAAAUAUAUUUUUUAAAAGCUUUCUAUUUAUUGGUUGAAUGUGUAUUGUACGAAAUGAGAUUUUUAUAAAUGGAUCAGUGAAAGCAAUAGACAUUCCAAAUAUUUAACGGUUUUUGUCGACGUUUGGCAAUACACGAAUUCAUAGCACUUAGAAUAUUACAAUAAAAUUAAAAACAGUUUUCUUGAUAGGUACGUUUUGAUAGAUUUUAUAAUCAUACGGUUUUGAGCUGUACUUAGCGCAUUUAAAUAAUAAGUAGCUUAUUAGAAAAUGACUGAAAACCGACAAUAUUGAUAUGGUCUCAUUUCUAUUUGCUGCAAAUAUCUUUCUUGUAGUAUAUUGUUAAGAUG